AUGCCCAAUUUCAACCCGUCUAUGCUCCAACCACAUCAGAUGCAGCAGCAGACGUCUCAACAGCAGCACCAGGAUAACCACCAGCCAAUGCCGUCUUUCUCAGAGCAGUCUCAUCUCUGGAGCCAGAUGCAGCAUCUGCAGAACCAAUUCCGACCGAAUAACGGGGCGGAUGUGAACAGUCCACAAAUUGGUCAGCAGGCAAGUCUCGUUACUCUGGCUAUUUUUCAAGCUACCUCUUUUCCUCUCGGAGUUCCUCAAAUGAGCGCAGGUCCGAGUGGCGGCCCAUCUCAGCAGCCGCCCUUCCAUGAUCCGUCCUCCCAGCGGCAGCCUGUUGGUUUCCCAAAUCUAGUUAACGGUGGCGGUCUGCAAGCGCCACUCUCCCAGAAUUCCAUGCAGGCGAGAAACGCCAUGAUGCAGGCCAUUACGAACAACCAGAACCAUAACAGGCAACUCGAGCUCAUUGGUAUGGCUGCGAACCAGCAGAAUCAGAACGGCCCCAUGUCGUUUCCAUCUCGUUUAAAUGCUCAGCAGCAACCUCAGCAGCAGCAGCAGCAGCAGCAGCAGCCGCAAUCGGUCAACCCGCCUGGACAGGGCGACAUAUUCGCUCCUGCGAUGGGCGCUAAUGAUGCUCUGCGGCGAGCGUCUCCAGCCAACCCGCCAACCCAGAUGGGUGGGCGACCCCACCAGUUCACUAUGGCUCCCAAUGGUAUGAUGCGCUCUCAGCUACCCCCGGAACUUCAAAGCCGUAUCAUGUCCCUGCGGACCGUAAUCGGCAGCGGCGAGAACAACAUUCGUAACCUGCAGAAUAAUCGUGCGGGAAUGUCUGACGUUACUUAUUAUGCUCAGCUUAAAACGCAACAGAAUGAGGUUGCUAAGGCUAAAGAGAUGCUGGGAAGAGUCAUUCAGCUGGCAAGUAAUAAUAAUAUGUGCGUCUGUCGUGUUUCAUGUUUCCCUAUACAGCAUAACAUGAAUCUAGCAAAUCAACAAUCCCACCAGCCGUCGCAGCCACAAUGGAUGCAGCCGGCUUCUCAGGCCUCUUCAUUCGGGAACGGGCAGGCCUCCCAUCAACCUCAACAGUCGAAUCUCCAGCCUAGCCCUUCUCAACACCACUCCCAGCCGCCUCCUCAGAGCCACAACAUCCCCCAAAUGAUCCCUCCUAACCGUUCUGUGUCAACUUCGCAACAUCUUCCAUCACAAACUCCUUUGGGCGGUAUUCCUUUUAAUAUGAACACUGUUACCGGAGGUGGACAGUCCGGUAUCCCCAAUGGAAUAUCGAACUCGUUUGGCCCUGCACAUCCGCCACCAUUGGAGAAGACCAGAUUUGAGGCUGCUUACAUGAAUUACUUGACAUCCAAAGGUUUGAAUCGCGACGUUAGGACCGUUGCCACGAUCGAGAAUAGACCGGUCGAUAUUCAUGUUCUUCACACACAUGUUAUGCAGGAGGGCGACCUCUGGGCGGCCAUUGCUGCCCGUUUGGGUUUCGUUCAAUUUCCAGGUAACGACACGGAGCCUGCGAAGUCGGGGCCAGGUACUGCUCAUCAAUUGGAGCAAAUAUACAAGGACCAUCUUGCACACUUCGAUAUGGUCUACGUCACGACCGUCCUGGAAUCGAGGCGCAAGCAGCAGGUUAGCAUGGCAGCUCAGCAGCUCGCCAACCCCAAUCCCGCGAAAUCGGUGAAUGGCCCGCAAAUGCAAAUGGUCAUGGCGUAUGCCGAUCUUUCUCCAGCAGAAUUGCGAGCAAAAGGCGUCCAGGAGCACAUAAUCACGUUUAUCGAGAAUCAUCGUGCCCAUAUACAACGUACGGCUGCGGAGCAGAAUCUAUUUCGUGGCAACCUGCGUGGUGCAUCGAUGAAUCAGCCUGUACAACCGCCGUCAGAAGGAAUAACUGCUGCGGCGAACAAUAGACAAUUUACAGCUACGCCGUCACAGAGUCCUGCCGGCCCAUCUAAUCCACUUGGCCAUGUAGCAACGUCCCCUCCGCAUUUCAUACCGAAUCCGGCUUUGCAAAACGGUACUACUGACGGGGGCAUGAUGGAGCAUCGACCUCAUCUCCCUAACAACACCAUUAUUCCCCAGUUUAUGCGAGGAAAUCAGGAACAAUUGUCGCGAAUCUCGUCUAUGUUAUCGCAAGUGAAGCAAGACUUUCUUGCCAAUCGUAUGGCUGCGCUUGGUUCUGUAAGGGUGCUUCCUGAAGAGCGGAUGGCCUACAACGCUGUAGUUGAACAAUUGCAUCGAGCAACUGGGGAGUUGGAGAAUAAGCUCCCUAUGCUAUAUCUGUUUGCAAAUGGCAAGAAUGAUGUUUGGGUCAAGCGGCUGGCUGUGAUAGUCGUGACUGUCCAACAGCAACGCAGUUUUCUCACUUCCAACAAUCCACGGUUCAUUGUAAAUCUGGAUAACCUUCGCCUCAUGCUUAGCGAGGUUCAGAAGGGCCAUGAAAGGUUCAACGCCAUGGUUCAGACGAUUAUGGCACAGCAGCAGCAACAACAGCAUCAGCAACAGCAUCAGCAACAACCGCCUCCACCGCCGCCAGGCGGAACCGUCGUCAAUGGUCCUCCUGCUUCUAAUAUGUCUCGUCCCCCGGUUUCACAACAGCCGAACGCGAUACACCACAGUCAGCAAAAGAAGCCGAUCCAACCCGUUUCAUCUAGUCCUGCUGGAGUGGCGGCGGCCUCUCCCACUCCUCCACCUGUCCCAGCUGCCUCUACACCUACUCCGAAUGCAUCGACACCCUCCGCUACAAACUCUAUCAACAUUGCAUCGUCUCCCAGGUCGCCGAAAGUCAAGGCACCUAAUAAACCUGUCAAGACUACCAAGCGUAAGAUAUCGAAGGCGUCGUCUACUCCUACCAUUGAGCCCGCGCAACCUCCUAACCCCAUGCCGACGAAUGGAGUUAAGCGACCGCGAGAAGAAGAGACACCUGCUCUAUCGUCUACGCCGAGUGGGGCGAGUGGAUCUGGUGCAGCCGUGACGCCGCCGUCAGGUCCAUCCGCUGCAAACGAGCCGUCACCCCCGAAGAAGGCGAAGACGGAGUGGGAGGGACCUCCUAAUGAUGCAUUGAAGAAGCGGGAGGAAACCGUUGAGAACAUCAGAACGGAAGAAGAUGCCAGCCAAUUCCUGGAGCAGAUGACCGAGCUGAUUAAGAUGGCAGGUGAGGGGCAGGAGUCAACGUUAUCGUCUGAUAUAUCAGAGACCUUGGACAUGAUCUUGAAGGGUUAUAGUGCGGCUCCGGAUGGAGUCGAUGGGACGUCGACAUCGUCGUCAGUCGGUGAAGGGAGCAGUACUGGUGGGCAUGAACCGACGCCGUCCAUACCUAGUGCGGAUGAGUUUGUCGAAUUUUUCGACUUUUCGUUGUUCGAGACGGAGGCGAAUGAUGACGAAGGAUCAAAGGCACCUACACCAGACCUCGUAUCGUCAUCAUCGACGAAUCCCAGUCCUGAAUCUGGCUCGGAAGCGGACCCAGCGCACCAUGCGUUGACAUUUUCUGAUUUUAAAACGGAUGAACCGUCUGAUCCACUUCGGUUAGGCACAUUUAAGGAGGUUGAUGGAGGAGAAUCAGCCUAUUACCAGUCGACAGAGUGGAAAUGGGAUGGUCCUAUGACUACACUGGAUCAGCCAUGGGCUAUCUUCACCUCAUCGUCAUAG